UCUGCUAGUUGCUGAGCCAGGGGGCAUGGAGGGAGGUUUGGGGAUGGAGGGGAGGAGCCAGGGCCACAGGGACUUCUCAAAUACCCCAUCCCUUGGGUGCAUUUCCUGCUUCCUCCCUGCAGUGCUUUCUGUGACCAACAUGAGGUUCAUUCUCCUGCCAUGUCUUUGGGCUUCCCUUGCAGGAGUCCUGCUGGCAGAAGAUGUAGACACCAGCAAACCUGAGAUUCGCCUGGUGGAUGGUCCAAACAGAUGCUCUGGAAGAGUUGAGGUGCUUCAUGAUGAUGUCUGGGGGACUGUUUGUGACGAAGGCUGGGAUUUACGGGAGGCCAGGGUGGUGUGCAGGCAGCUGGGCUGUGGGACAGCAUUAUCAUCCCCCAAGAAGUCAAAAUAUGGGGAAGGGAAGGGCCAGAUCUGGCUGAGUGAUUUGGACUGCAAAGGGACAGAAGGGUCCCUCUCCAACUGCAAGGCGAAGCCAUGGGGAGAGAACAUCUGCAACCAUGUGGAAGACGCCAGUGUGGAGUGCUCAGGAACAGAAAUACCUGAGCCAGGGCCACUUCGGCUGGUGGGAGGCCCAAACCGAUGUGCUGGAAGAGUUGAGGUUCUUCAUGAAGAGCAGUGGGGAAGCGUGUGCCAUGAUGACUGGGAUAUCAAUGAUGCUCAAGUUGUGUGCAAGCAGCUCGGUUGUGGGGAUGCAGUGCUGGCCCCAAUUGCAGCAAAAUUUGGGCGAGGAACUGACACCAUCUGGCUGGAUGAUGUGAACUGCACAGGGUUGGAAGCAUCUCUCUCUGAAUGCCAGGCAAGGCCAUGGGGAGACCACAAUUGUUACCAUGGGGAAGAUGCCAGCGCAAUUUGUUCAGAUUCAGGGAUCACCAUCACCACUUCAGUUCGCCUGGUGGGAGGCCCAAACCGCUGCUCUGGGAGAGUUGAGGUGCUUCACAACAAUGUCUGGGGGACCGUGUGUGAUGACAACUGGGAUUUACGGGAGGCCAAGGUGGUGUGCAAGCAGCUGGGCUGUGGAACAGCCCUAUCAGCCCUGCCGGAGUCAAAAUAUGGAGAAGGGAAAGGCCAAAUCUGGCUGAGUGAUGUGAACUGCACAGGGGCAGAAGGGUCUCUCACCGAAUGUGAAGCAAAGCCAUGGGGUGAGAAUGUCUGCAACCAUGUGGAAGAUGCCAGUGUGGAGUGCUCAGAGACAGAUGUUUCUGAGAUGGGACCAGUUCGGCUUGUGGAUGGCCCAAACAAAUGUGCUGGAAGAGUUGAGGUGUUUCACGAGAAUCGUUGGGGUAGUGUGUGUGAUGACUACUGGGACAUGAAGGACGCCAAGGUGGUUUGCAAGCAGGUGGGCUGUGGGUCGCCACUGUCAGCCGUGGGAGGUGCCCGCUAUGGCCGAGGGCCAGAUGUCAUCUGGCUGGAUGAUGUGAAUUGCGAAGGGACAGAAGAAAGCAUCUUUGACUGUAAGGCAAGGCCGUGGGGUGAACACAACUGCUAUCAUGGAGAGGAUGCUUCUGUUUUCUGCACAGUUAACAAGAAUCUGGAGGAGACAGAAACAUCUUGAGUGCCACACCGUCCCCACCAGACUGUGCUCAUCUUGUCACAUGAGGUGGGCCAGUAAAGUUCAGCUGAGAAGGAGAACGGCAAACAUGUUACAGAAACUUCCAUGUGCCAUAAUGGGAUUCAGGGAUUGGCAAAACCAUUCCCUCACCCUUUGAAUCAUCAACAAGCUUGGUUAUAACUACACUGAUGGAAAAGAUGUCAGUCCUACGAAAAGUAAACACCACAAAGUAUCAAUAAACUUCCCCUAA